AUGUCCACCACGGUGACCACUACAGCUCCAGAGAGCUACAAGCUCGAGCUCAUGUCUGCCUAUGGCACCGUAUAUCGCGACGUUUUGAGGACUCCGCCCCGAGACUGCGACGCCUCUGAGGUCCCUGUCAUCGACCUCUCCAACAUCCGUGGCAGCGAGUCAGAACGCAAGGCCCUCGCCGCCACCAUUCGUAACGCGGCUGAAAAUACGGGCUUUUUCUACAUCAAGAAUCAUGGCAUCCCAAAAGCGACAAUUGACGCCGCAUUCAAGCAGGCACAAACCUUUUUCUCGCAGCCCAAUGAGAAGAAGGCGCUCGUUGCACAGAAGAAAUCCAAGUUUUUCAACGGGUGGACAGAAAAGCGCGCUGCGCAGAUCUCGCCAACGGAAACCAAGGACCACCGAGAGGGUUUCAGCUUUCGUUAUGAUCCCCGGCAUGAUCCAGAGACCAAGGACCCGAAUGCCGUGCCCGAGGCAGUGAAGCCAUGGAUGAAGCAUGAGGACUUUGUGUGGGAGGGAACGAGCCAUUUGCCCGGCUUCAAAGACGACAUGGUCACCUAUUGGCAAAGUUGUCUAACUCUUGCGAGAAGUCUCAUCAGGAUAUUCGCUUUGGCGUUGGAUGUACCGGAGAACUACUUUGAUAACGUCAUCACAUAUCCCGGAAGCGACAGUGUUGUCAACUACUACCCCAAGAACACUGAAGCGCAAGAUGCUAUCAUCGAUGUCGGUAUUGGUGCACACACCGACCUGCAGUGCUUCACCCUCCUUUGGCAAGACACCGUUGGUGGACUCCAGGUUCUCACAAAAGACGGCCAAUGGAUCAAAGUGCCGCCGGUCCCCGACACCUUCGUCAUCAACAUUGGCGACUUUUUCCAGAGGCUGUCCAACGAUCGUUUUCAAUCGACGGUGCACCGGGUCUUUAACCACGCGCCCGAGGAUCGGUACUCAAUGCCUUUUUUCUUUGGGUUCAACCACAACGAGCAGUGCUCCGUCUUGCCGACUUGUACGGAUGAAAAGAACCCACCGAAGUAUGAACCGAUUAGCUGCGGCGAAGUAGGUUACAAUCUUGUCUUGGGUACAAAUAUUCCAAAACGCUGA